AAUAGACAAAGUGUGCUGCCGCCAUUGGGCCCACCGCCGUCGACCCUGCCCUGCCUCCGACGAUUCCGGACCCGUCUUCGCCGCUGGAUCGCCGCAGGGAAGACGUGCAAAAUUCGGAGAAAACACCGAAAACCGGUCCGGUUCCGGUUGCACUUCGGGCUCUCCUGGAUCCGGCGACGGCCACUAUUCAACAUAGGGUCUGGCCAGAGUAACUCGCUCUGCCAUGGAGGAACUGGAGUGGGAAAUCUGCGCGGCUCGCAGAGCAAGAGUCGAAGAAGAAACUCCGACUCCGCAUCGAACUACGUGGACCGGGUGCGCAUCCGUGACUCGUCCAGCUCAUUCGGUGGACCGGGCCGAGGAUCCGGGUGGCGUCAAAAGUCCCUCUCGAAUAUAGAUCUUCCAACGAGCUAUCGGGGCAUUGCCGGUGGAGUGGCCGGUACUGGUGGCCUGGUUGGUGCUGGUCAGUUUCGCUACCGCGACUAUGACUCAGGACUGUACGAUCUAUAUUCGCGCAUAGACAGCCGCCGGGAGGAGUACGAUGAUCUCUACGGCGUGAAUCCAAAGGCGUCCCGUGCAGCAAGCAACGCCAGCAGCAGCAAACAGCGACAGCAGCAGAAGCAACGCGAUCAACAGGACCACCGCGAGCAGCAAGGUCAGGACAAAGAUCAACAACAGCAGCGACAGAAGCAUCACCACCACCAUCACCAUCGGCAUCAGGAGUUCUACAGCGCAGAAGGCAACGACGCUUGCAGCUUGCGAAGAACCCGUAGCCUGGCGGUGAUCCGCGAGGAAACCUACAACGAUCUACAUCUGCACGGACGUGGCGCACGGCGAUCACAACUCAUCCCGAGGGCAAAACUCAUCGACCGCAACUUUUUUAAAGACAGAUACAACUUUAUCUACGACGACGGCGAAGCAUCGGAGCCAGCCGAAAACGACACUCACUACACUCUAGCGCGGAGAUUUUCCGCAGCCCAAGGCCAACCGCCGUUCCCUUGGCAUACAGACAAAAGCGACUUGGACAGCAUAGACUCGUCGAUCUUCAAACAUUCCCUCCAUCAACAGAGUAGCUUCGAGGGCAGCCGUCACAACUCGAUUCGCAGUGGAGACUCAUCCAAGUUUGUCUCGAAGGUCGAAGUUCACAGCGAAUACAGCGGAGCAUCCAAGUCGGAAACGGGCAUCGAAGCGGACCUCAAACAUCUGGACGAUAUUUCACUGAGAGAGGAACCUCCGAGACCUCCAAGCAAGACAUCUACACUAGAAACGCUCAAGAACCGCUACCCGCGAGAGGGUAAAUUCACCGUCAAGGAGGAAGAGGAAAGCGGUAUAACAAUCAUCGAAAUCAAAGACAGUCAGGUGUCGGCCAAGAGCUCCAGCGUUAUUUCAUACGACUCCAUCUAUCUGUCAUCGGAAAGCGACGAUAAAGAAGUUCUCGACGAGUUACUUCCCGAAGUUCACCUCACCGAAGACAACGACCUGAUCGACAUCAAGAUCGAAGACUAUGACGAUCUGUUCAAGGAAACGGAUCUAGAGAAAGCAGAAAGCACCAUCGAUACCCUGUACGGACAGGUCACCAAACCCAAGCCAAAGAUUGUUGCAGUAGAACCAAAGAUUCAACCAAACGAUUCCCUCAAGCGCUACAUCAAAAACACUAGUCGCGGCACAAUCGAACGCCUGUCGAUCAUCUCAAAUCUCAAACUCCGCCAGGAGUUCGCCAUCAAGGAGAGACCUCUGGUAGACAGCGAUCACCAAUACAACUCGCUACCGGACGCAGCUGACGUUUGCAAGAUCCUGCGGAAUUCGGAGCGAAUCGACGCCAAACUACGGCGAAUCUGCGACAACGACCACUCUGGAAGGUCAACUCGUACCGACAGUGAUCACUACGAUUCGCUGCCACGAUUGGAUAAAUCCAACCUCAAUCUAACGCAGAACACUUCAGACGAAGACGGUUCGUUGGAAGAAUCCGACAAAGGGGCCCCUUCCAUCGAAGUUGUUGAAACUCCAACCAGGGAGGUGCUUAGUCACGCAUCAUCAAAGGUUUACCUGAAGGAUUUUGGACUGGAGUUGGAUUACGAAAACUCGGUAGUGACCAACAGCGAUCAGGACAGUGACAUAACGAUCGUAGCGCCACAGGAUAGUCCAACCAUUCCGGCGAUCACGGUUACUCCGGCAAUUGUUGUAACUCCAGCUGAGAAGACAUCUGCGAAGAAAAACGACCAGGUUAUCUAUUCGACUUUUGCGAGCACUGUCGGAAAACAGACCACCAAUCGGAUCAAUUUUGAGAGUAAGGAAAAGCCGAAGCCGCAAGCGGAGGCGAUCGCAGAAGUUAAAACUAAACUAAAACCUAUUCCGGUGGUGGUAGAUCCUACACCGAAAAUUCCCGUGGCGUUAGCUCCCACAGUUAAACUUGGCGGGAAGAAAGUUAUUGUUGAUGAGGUAGCCGCCAGAGCGGCGAAGCGGGAGAAGGAAAUCGAGAAAGCAGUUAAAGCAGAAGACAAGCACAAUACGGUUGUGAAGAAACCGAUACCAAAGAAGCAUUCGGAAGCUCCAGUCAAGAAGGAAGAAUCCAAACCCGAACCGAUUCCGAUUGUAAAUAGCAAACCACCGGAUCCGAAACCUCCGGAACCCAAGGAGGGUAGCCCCAAGGUCGAUCAUUCCAGUUUGUUUAAGGAUACGAAUCCGUUCAAAGAACAGGCUCGCCGAGAAGUCAAGAAUCGGGUGGUAGACCGACCGCUCUUCAAAGGCGUUCGUCGUUUCAACUCAACGGAAAAUAUCUACACCUCGGCACCGAUCAUAGUGACGAAAACCUUCAACAACUUCAUCAAAACUAAUGAAGUGAAGACCAAAUCGUUUGAUUCGUUGAUCGUUGAAAGCAAUAACGAGAAGAAACAAGAACAAAGGAAGAUGCCUCGACCACAGGUGAUUCAGAUAGUGGAUUCCAAGCAGACUGGAAGACAAGAAACAGAAACACUUCGCAAGGGAGCACACGAUGGGCAGAAGGUGCAGAAGGAGUUCCUGCACAAGGUGGAUUCGGUAAGAAGCUAUUGGUCCAAAAUGAUGGACGAAGCCGACGCCAGAGAAGAACAAGAAACAGAAGACCAAGUGGAUUCGGGGAGUUUUCCAGAGUCAAAAAACGAGCAGGUGGUGCAGCCAGCAAAAGCCGAUGAGAAAUCCGGGAGUUCUGGUUCAACGGAACAACAGAAACCAAUGCAGAUGUCACAGCAGCAACCAAAAAAGUCCACAUCGCGACAGAACUCCUCCCGGAACAAGUACUCCACCUACCAGAUCGACGAAGGAGCUGAACUUCAGAGCUUUAGUCCAACGGUGGAGAUCAUUGAGCUCGACGGACAGAAGCAGGCUGCACUGGUGAAACCGAAGAAUUCGCACAACUUGGACUUUGACCACGUGCGCUACAAGGUCAUGAAAUCGGAAAUGUUUCAAAAAAACUUGCUGGUGAACCAUCGAAAAGCGGCUCAAUUCGAUGGUUUGAUGCAGUACCUACAAGAUUACAGCUUUCAGGAGUUGCUCGCGCACAAUAACGUUGUAAUCAUUGAGCCGGUCCGCACCAAGAUCGAGAAGAUCUCCGACAAACCACCGCAGUCCAGCACUACGACCUGUCGGAUCACAACGGGAGCGUUGUCCAACAAUGGCUCCGGAGAAAACCCCAAGCGAGGUCCGGGGCUGAAGAAACAUUUUUUCUAUCACCCGAUCAGAGUGAACAAGGAACUGCUGGAUGAAGAGUUGCCCAGCCCUGAUACGGUGCGAAACGUGCGGAAGUUGUUUGAAGGAACUUUGCGACUUGGAACGACGGCCAAGCAAGCCUACGAAGACGCCAAGACCAGUGGGGCUAUUCGCAAAUGGGACUCGGCCAGCCUAUCCAGCGGAGUAUCGAGCGGAGACUUGAGCUCACCGUGCGAGUGCGGUGAAAACGAGAUGGACGGAGACUCCGGCGAUGAGAACUUGAUUGGCGACGACGAGUUGGAGUCGCACUAUGUCAGUCAGGACGUGCUGGAGAAGAUACGGGAGUGUGGUUCUACGGUGACGUACUACGGUGGUCGGGUGGUGGAUAAGAAGAGUGAGCACAUGAACACGAUGACCAAAGCCAUCAUGAAGGAGAUUCGUGGUCUCGAACGGAAAACCUGUCAGGUUUGCCAACCCCAUGGAUGCCGACAAAUGAUCGACCAGCGCCGCGGUAGUCAAAACGCUAAGCUGGACGGAUUAGGCGUGAAAUUCAAACUAGUGAAAUCCAAUAGCUGUAGCAGUCGCCUGGAACUUGCAGGAACUGGCAAAACUCCGCCAGACCUUAUGAAGAACCAUCGCAACCACUCCAGUAAUAGCAAUAGCAGUAGCAUCAUAUCCGGACGACCCAAACUCCCCAAGCCAAGUUCCGUUGCGAUCACGGACAGUAAUAACAAUAAUCACAACGACCUUCCGACUCUGAGAGAUCUUCCGACCGUAGAAGAGCCUGAAGAAUCCGUGCGUGAUCUUGUCAGUCGACUAGAAAACAACAACACCCUCAAUUCCCGCAACAAGCCCCGAAUCAUCGAAUCCAAAUGUAUCGAAAAGGUAGAUGAAAGCAAAGUGGAACCGACUAUCACGAUCAACAGUCAGGCCAUAGAGUUGCCUGCAGUCAAAGCAAAUCCACAACCAAUCGACGAACCUUCCACGGUAACCGUCAACAAUCACAUCACUGUUCCCAAUCAGUUGAUUAUUCCAGCGCUGCUCAUAGAUCAACAGAAAGCCUCACCCAAAACCCAGCCCAACCAAUCAACCGCUGAUCGACCUCCGAAGGUUUGCCGAAACAAGAACGUCGACCUGGCGUUUGCGGCAACGAUCACAAAAGCAAGCAACAAACCAGCCAAGGAGAAGGAGAAUCACGCGCGCAAGUCUUCGCUCGUCAACAGCACCUCCGUCGACACGUUGGACUCCCUAGAAACCAUUCCGCCAUCCAAUGCGCCCAAAAUGGUGACAUUCAAAGACGACGAGAACAACAACAACAACAGGAACGGCGAAGUCGAAGAGCAGGAGAAUCUGAAACCGAGCGUGAUUGCCGAGCAGCGCAAGUCGGACGAGCUUACGUCGCCGAAGCUGGUCAACUGGAGCUCGCUCGGAAAAUUCGACGAACGGCAGUACUUCGCCAAUGAUAAGCGGCUGAUCGAGAAGCGCAAGUACGACGAGAUGGAGUUUGAAGAGUUCGAGGUGUUGGAUCCGAACGCUACGGUUACGGGCGGCAACAAGAGUCAACAGAAGGAGAAGGAGGCACUGUUGCAGCAGCAGCAACAACAACUGGAGCAAGCGGAUGCGGAACAGCAGAGUGAUUGCUUCGACAGUUUGAACAGUGGAAAGUGAAGGGGUUGCGUAGGAAGGGGGCGGAGGGAUUGGGACACGUGCGCAUUGCGUCGGGAGAUCGAUUCAUGUGAGUUCGGUAUUUAUAUCUGUUAACGAAUAAUCAAGCUAGAGAGUAUUAUAUUGUGUACUUAUUAUCUGUAGAAUGGAAUACAUAUAUGUAACUGUUA